GGAGAAAUGAUUCCAUUGAGGAGGUUCGCUGUGAUUUUCAAACACCAUGGAAACCAAGACGUUCCAACGUUGCUGCAACCUAGAUAAAGUGCAAAGAACGGUGGAGGGUAAAUUAACUGAGCUGUUUUCCUUUUAAAUAUGAAUUACUCUUUGAUGUAUUUUCAUUAAUAAAACUUACUUAUUUUACUGCAUAAGACGGAGUCGACGGAAAUGCUAAAAUAGAGCGGAAAGGCGUUGAGUUCUAAACCAAUUUUCAUAUCGCGCGUGCGCACUAGGGAGUGUUGUCAUUUAACGUAAACGGCGCGCGGUGCUGGCAGAAGCAAUGGACUGAACGUCGAAGGCUGUUUUGGAUUUUUUUGACAAACGUCACAUUUGAACACAACCUCCGGUCGAACCAAGGUCUCAGCUCGCAGAGAAUUCACACCAGCUGCGAGACUGACAGACAGUUUGCCGUGCAGCAAUUCGUAGGAUGCUAGCUGCAGUAUAGAUAACAACAUGGCAUACUGGAGCACAUUCGAAAAGGAGAUGGAGGGAGAAACAAAGAAGUUGAUCAAAUGUAUCACAGGGGUCGAGGAUGAAGAAGACCAAAAUUUCCAGCUCGGGUUGAAGUUUGCGUGGUCAAAUUUCAAAUUUCAUCGGUUUUUGGACGUGGACAGCCAUAAAGUCCAGCGCAGUAUAAGUGGAAUCUAUGAAAAGCUAAUGGUCCACUCGGACUUGAGAAAAGCCGAAAGCUGGAUGAGGCUGACUGAAGAGUUCCUGAACUCACCGCUACCUAAUACAGAUGGAACAAAGACGGAUAUACACUACAGCCUCCUGUCCCUGCUGCUUCUCUUAUCGGGAUCCCCUUCUAACGCAAACUUUACUGAGAGACCCAGACUUAAGGAAACAGAACCGGAGGACAAUUUUGACUGGGCCAAAUAUUUGAUGGAGGGGGAGGACAUAGACACUGGACCGUAUCCAGACACCCCUGAGUGGUCUGAGGAUGAGAGCGAGGAUGAUGACAGCCAGCAGCAUAUCAGUAGAGAGGAUUCUGGGAUUCAGCUGGACAGAACCCCCCAGGAAGACCAGGACAACACCAGCAAGACAGUUCCAGUUACGUGGACUGUGGGAGAGCCAGACGCCCGAGCUUGGCUGGAGCAGCAUGUAGUGACACCAUACUGGGUGACUCACGCUCCUCGUUUUCCUCACAGCUUGCAUUUACACUCCAACUUGCUUAAUGUUUGGGAUCAGCACUUGUAUAACACGGAUCCACUGUACCUGCCAGAAGACAAGGCCUUUGUCACGGAGACCCAAGUAAUAAGAGAGACGUUGUGGCUCCUCUCUGGUGUUAAGAAGCACUUUAUUUUCCAGCACCACGAUGGAAAAGUGUCAGUAAGGAAUAACGUGGUGGUGACUCAUCUGACCAGUAACUGCCUGCGCUCUGUGCUGGAGCACGUGGCCGUGUACGGGCAGGCCGUGUCCAGACUGCAGAGGUUCAUAGACGAGGUGACGGGGCACAGCCCGGAGCCCUGCCCGCCGGGCUCCGGCUCCACCUCCUCCCACGGCUCCAGGAAGGGUUCGGAGCCCCCGUUCAGGACCUACCAGGCUUUUGUGUGGGCCCUCAACAAGUAUUUCACCAGCUUCAAAGGAGAGCUCACAACAAUUGAGAGAGAAAUCAUAUGCAAUGAUGAGACGGUGACCCUGUCUGCGGUCCUGGAGCGACUCAGCCCUCACCUGGCUCAGAUCAAAGUGCUUCACCGAGUGUUUUGCACAGGAGUUGCUGAGGUCCCGCCCGCCACCCCAAACGUGGUGCGGGCCUCUCACUUGCUCAACACGCUCUACAAGGCCAUCAUCGAGUACGACAGCGUUGGGGAAGCCUCGGAGCAAGCGGUGGCUUUACUCUUUUCCCUGUGGACGGAGACGGUGAGGCCGUAUUUAGAGAUUGUGGAUGAAUGGAUUGUUCACGGCCAUUUGUUUGAUCCUGCCAAAGAGUUUAUCAUCCAAAGGAAUAAGGAUGUCCCAGUAAACCACAGGGACUUCUGGUACGCUACUUACACCCUGUACAGCGUGUCGGAGGCGGUGGAGAACGAGGAGAAGCUCAACGACGCCGCCAGCGGGAGCUCCGGAGGGGAGCAGGGCUCCAGCAACAGGCAGCUAACAAUGGUGUCCUUCCUUAAACCCGUCCUGAAGCAAAUAAUCAUGGCUGGGAAAUCCAUGCAGUUGCUGAAAAAUCUGGACUGCAAAGAGACCGAGCAGCCAGAGAAAUCCUCCCGAGAUGCAGAGAGGAAAAGUUUAUACACGCUCUUUCUGGAGUCGGUGCAGUCGCGCCUCUGCAGCCAGGAGGGCUCACCGACCGACUCCACCACCGAGCAGCGGGCCACCGAGAGGAGCCUGAUAAAGAUGCAGUCCAUCGUGGCGCAGCACCUGGAGAUGGACGAUGUCCACGAUCCGCUGCUGGCCAUAAACUUUGCCAGGCUCUACUUGGAGCAGAGUGACUUCCACGAGCGUUUCUCCGGGGGGGAUUUUAUCGUGGACCGUUCAUCUCAGUCCGUCACCUGCCAGACAUUUGAGCUCACCUUACGCUCCUGCCUCUACCCCCACAUCCAGAGGAGGUACAUCGAGUGCUGUGGGAACUUAAUGAAGACGCUUAAAAAAGACUACAAGCUCCUGGAAUAUCUCCAGGCAAUGAGAAACUACUUCCUGUUAGAAGCCGGAGACAGCAUGUACGAUUUUUAUACAGCCAUCUUUGACAAGGUGCAGGAGAAGGAAAUGUGGCAGCAGCCCUCCUUUCUGAACGUGCAGCUGCAGGAGGCAGUUGGACAGCGCUACCCAGAGGACAGUAGCAGGUUGUCAGUCUUUUUGGAGACCAUGGACCCUUCCAGAAAAAAGCACCCUGUGAAUAAUUUGGAAGUCCUGACGCUAAGUUAUAAGGUUCCUUGGCCAGUUGACAUUGUCAUCAGCUCUGAGUGUCAGAAGAUCUACAAUCAAGUGUUUCUUCUUUUGCUGCAGAUCAAAUGGGCUAAAUACAGUUUGGACACACUUCGAUUCAGUGAUUUUAUAGGUGUCACUAAGAAACUUGAAGGACCUGCAGCUGAGGAGGCGAAGCUGAAAGAGCCCGUAAACCAGCAGAUCCACAGAAUGUGUCUGCUGCGGGUUAAACUGAUGCACUUUGUCAACAGCCUCCACAACUACAUCAUGACCAGGAUUCUACACAGCACAGGACUGGAGUUUCAGCACCAAGUACAGGAGGCCAAGGACUUGGACCAGCUGAUUAAGAUCCAUUACAGAUACUUGGCAACUAUCCAUGACCGUUGCCUGUUGAGGGAGAAGGUCAGCUUCGUGAAGGAGGCAAUAAUGAAAGUUCUUAAUUUAGUCCUCAUCUUCUCAGACCGAUGGCAGGCUGGAUUUGGAGCUUGGAAGAUCGAGUCUAUUGAUAAGAUGGAGUCAGAUUUCAAAAACUGUCACAUGUUCCUAGUGACUAUCCUCAACAAGGCAGUUUGCCGUGGCUCCUUCCCUCAUUUGGAGUCUCUGGCCCUUUCGCUGAUGGCAGGAUUUGAGCAGUGCUGAAGCAUCGUCCAGCACUUUGGAGUCAACUCCAUUGUUGUCGUUCUUUUCUCAGACUGCUCUUAUUGUUCUGGAUGAUGUGUAAAUUAUGAUGUCACCGUCUGCUUCAACUGUUAAAGAUGGAGGGAUGAUGUUACAUGCGCUACUUGCCAACAUGCAUCUGUCUUUAAUUUAUAGUGUUUCAUCGAGGCAUUGGGAAUAUUAUGUGUAUGUAAAGAAAAAUACAGUGUAUACUGAUAUACUGUGAUGGUAAAGCACAGAAAAACUGCACACUGAUGUAGAUAUGUCUUUAGUUUUUAUACUACUGUAUAAUUUAGAUUAAUAGAUAAGUAAUAUAAACCAAUUCAGCAUUGAAAAUGAAUUGAUUUGCAUUUUUGUCUCA